CGAGAUUCUUCGCAUGCUAUUCCAGUUUAGGGGACCGCACAGGAUGAAAGAUAUAGAUGAUUUCUGUGCUGGCAAAAAAUAAAACUAGUUUUUUUUUCGUGCACGAAUUGGGCCGCGGGAUGAUGCUCAUGUUGUAUUAAUUUGGUCAAGGGUCACUCAGCUUCAACGUAAGGCUGGUCAGCACGACGAAAUAUUUAUAUUGGUGUGUCGAAGCUUGAUGUACGAAACAGAGGAGAUCACAACCAGAAAGAAGUAGGUACAAGACAUAAAAUCAAGAAAGAAAAAAUCUGCGUACUACAACCUCCACCACACGACCACGACGGCGCACCACAGCGCGACGUCGACGCGGAUCAGGAGGACAAGGUGAAUUGACUUCUCCACAGAGGCGCCUUGUGCUGCAUCUACUACUUUCUGCACCACAAAAUAGCAGCGACAGCCACAUCUCGUCCGUCUUCUACGAGCACAUCCGCCGUCACCAUCCGCCAAAAUGCCGCCGAAGAAGGAUCUGAGCGGCAACCCGCACAUGGAUGUGCUACUAGCGGGCAUCGAUAAAACUAACGCCACGCUGGAAUAUCAAACGUGACAUCAGAAGAAUCCUCCUGCUUGUUGUAAGUAGAGCGCCCCUCUCCUGCCGCGGAUGAGAUGUUUCAUGAAGUAGAUGUAGCUUCAUUCUUUGUACUAGUACUACUAACUCUAACGAGAAGUAGUCGUGCUGCGUCGAAAAUAAAGGGUGCCGCAGCUUCUUGCUUUUGCAUCACUCAGGUGUUGACCUCCACCACGGCGGGCCAACAUUGGCUGCUGUGUUGCUUUUUUGCAUGGGGUGCAGAAGGGCGUCCAACAGCCUCUCCCCGCUCACACGUUCAUGAUCGAGACAUAAAGAUCAAAUCACGAAUGCGAGGGACGAGGGGGGCACUAGUCGUACAACAGGAGCAGGAGGUUGUCGCACGUCAUACUGCCUCCGUCCCACUCCGAAGACAACUCGCUCGGUCAGCUAGCUGCAGGGGAGUAGAGGGAUUGCCGAAAUCAGAAGACUUCCAAUUGCCAAAGUAUGUUAUACGUUCGUUUGUGUGCGUUUCAUCUGUGAUGCUACAACAUCUAUGUCAUGUGACGAUUUUUUGGAGAACUCGACAAUAUUGCUAUUGACAUUGAGUCUCCAUUCACGCUGUUGUCCUCUUCUAGCGUACUAAUCUUUACACAUCACAAAUGAGGUAUGUGGAGGUCGACAGAAGAAGAGUGGAGCAACCUACGCAUUGCAAAUUUUUCUCCAUCUCCACGCAUUUUUUAUAUGAAGCUGAAUGCUGAAGACGAAGUUGAAUGAGAAUGUGUCAUGCUUCUUGCUGGGGGGUUGAUGAUGUCAAUUGAUGUUUUGUUCUGACAACUUAGUACUGAUUUGGACCGACUUCAAAAAUGUUAAGAAAAUCGGAAAAAAAUCCGCAAAAAAUCCAGGCACGCCGCAAAAAAUCGACUUUGUGCCGCGGCUGCUAACGUCCACAAGCGAAGCAAAGUAGCGCGAAACGAAGUCGGUUGCCCGCGUUCUCGAAGCUCGAGAAUGCGCCAACUCGGUCUCGCGGCAGUUUUUGCCGGUGUCCUGAGGCGUUAGGCCCCACCCUGGAGCAUCCGGGCUGUCAGAAAGAUUCCCGCAGCCGGGUUGGGGACGCCGGGUUGUCAUAUUCCGCCCGGCGGGCGGUGCUCACAAAAUCGCUUUUGUGAGUACUCGCGGACAGAUUCGAUUUUGUGCGCACCCUUCCGGUACGCUUCUCAAAGAUGCCCUAUCCUCGGGCGGGGCCACACAAUCCGCGCGUGGUCGCAAAUCGAUUUUACCAACACAAAUGCCGGAAAAUCCGGCAAAAGCUGCAAAAUUGAUUGCGUGGGGCGAAGUCGCAGAGGACGGGCCUCUGCCCGCCUUGGAUCGAUGUUUCGGUCGCACGCUACAGGCUCAGGGAUGAUCGCGAAUUCCAGAACUUGCGCCCCGAUGAAGUUCCGCGCAUUCACCGUGUUGGCCCAGCGUAAAAACCAAUGGGAAUUCCCGAGAUUGUGGAUUUACAUCCGGGCCCUAGUUCUGAAAAGCCGCGGGAGUGGCAUGGGCCCCGUCUGCGUGUUCUGAGCUCCGUAGAGGCGCCAGGAACAGGCUCUCGGCUGGCGCGGGGGUCGCAAAAUCGAUUUUGUGAACAGGCAGCCCUCGGUGGGUGCCGCGGCUCAGUCCUCGACAGCCGCUGGGCGCUUGGGGCGAAGAGUCGGGGACUUUAGUCACUUCAGGCUCGCAGAAUCGUCUGUGGGUUCAAUCACCCGAGGCGCGCAAAAUCGAUUUUGCUGGCCCGCUCCUUGUGCGGUGUCUGCGUGAGUGGUGGCGCGGGCACAAGAGGUGGUGGGCCUGCUAUGUGGGCAAGGUAGGUGGCAGUCCGGCUGCUUGGCAAAAUCGAUUUUCCAACUUCCUGAAAAUCCAGAGGAGCAAGUGUUCCGGAAAUCCGCGUGUUGGACUUUCCGGGACUGCCGAAAAAUCGAUUUUCCGGGUUCCGGAAAUUCCGGAAAUUCUAAAAACUCCGAUGUUUGCGAAAAAUCCGGAAUUUUCCGAAAUCGAAAAUCGAGAUCGGGACAUCCGCAAGUCCUCGAAAUCGAAAACCGAGGCGGAAAAUCGCUUUUCUGCUUCAUUGCUACGGAGAACGGACCAAACCUGGCCCAUACCAUCGGCGGAGGCAGUUGCUUACUAUCCAGUUGGUAAUCUGCUGCCAAAAAUCCGAGCGCUUGCAUUUUCAAGAGAUUCGGAGGCGCACCAAAGUCGAUUUUCUGUGUGCCAAAAGUGCGCCCAAGUGUGCGCCAAAAGUGCGCAGAUGUUACUAUUCAAUAGUAACGAAGACGGACCAAACCUGGUCCAUACCAUGGGCGGAGGCAGUUGGUUACUAUUCAAUAGUAAUUACUAUUUUGCUCGGGACGCAACACAAAACAAAUCGUAUUUUUGCGUGCGACACCUCGAGUGCGACUGCCUUCGGAUUUUUUUUGGAUUUUUGGCAGCAGAUUACCAACUGGAUAGUAAGCAACUGCCUCCGCCGAUGAUAUGGACCAGGUUUGGUCCGAUCUCGCUACUAUUGAAUAGUAAUGGAGGCACGAAAUCGAUUUUCUGCUAUUUUCUAGGAAGCUUUAUUUUCCGGAAGUCGGAAAAUCCGGACCGCAGCGAUCUCCCGAGAUCUUUCCGGAAGUCCAGAUCUCUUCGGAAAAUCGAAUGUCCGGCAAGGUGCCGACGUUGUCCAUAGGGUUGAGGGGCUGCAGAAUCGAUUUUGUGGCCGGUAGGGCUCGUUGCCCGUACCUCAUAGGGCGCGGGCUGGGACGGGGGUUGGUAAGGCAUUGGCGUGGGAGACUGCAUCCGCGAAGAAAGGGCGGACGCACAAAAUUGAUUUUGUGGGAGAUCCGCUAAGGCGCAUAGCGGGAUGGAAGCUCUCCCCCCUAGUCCGUCGGCCCGGCGGAUUGCGUGGCGCACCGCCUCGAUAUUGAGCCACGCAGCCGCUCGAUUCGGUCGGACCUGGGAAGCUGCGAAAUCGAUUUUGUGUGGUCGGGCGAUUGUGUGGCCUUCAACAGCGAUUGCGCGACCCACAACGGCGAACCUGUGGCCAGCACAAAGCCGACCUUUUGGUCGGCGCUGCGUUCUGGGGGAAUGGAGAAUCGAUUUUGUGCAAUCUGCGGGAUUGCGCGUCUGGAGGAGGGGUUUUGUGCAAUCCGCGCCUGCGGGAUUCGAUUUUGUGCAAUCUGCGUUCUGUGCAAUGCAAAAUCGAUUUUGUGGAAUGCAAAGUCGAUUUUGCGGGAUUCGGUUUUGUGCAAUGCAAAACCGUGUCUGUCUGUCUGUCUUUCCAUGCCUGGGCAUGGCUUCAAAUGUUCAAGGCCCUAAAAGUUCCGUUGCAAUCCCAAUUUCUUCUUUCUCGAUUUGAUCUCGCAAUAAGACCACUGCUGAACCCGAAUAUUUUUUGAAUUCUAAGAUCUAGGAAGUUGAAGAUAAAACUUUUGCUCAAGUACAACAACAAGUUCUGAAAAAAGCACUCUCCUGUAAAGUAAAUACCAAAAAGCUUUCCCCUAUAAAAUAAAGCUCUGUUUGUAUUAGUUUGCAAUUAUCAACUUCGAGUUUGAUCGUCUUAAAAAAUAAAUAAUUUGUCUUUUCGCUUAGAAGUCUAGCUUUCAAGAUUUCUAGCAGCAGCUGGAGCCAGCAAAAUGCAAACUCCUAGUUCAUCUCUUUCAUUUUCUGACUCUUCAAGCCGUGUCCAGUUUUCGCCGCUCGGUCACCGCCACGUCGCCGCCUGGUGUGGUUCCGUGGUCGCGCUCCACCGCCCGAAUUUGGACCGCCCCGCAUGGUGGUAGUGGACCUGGGUGUUGUAGGGGAGGGAAGCAAACGCGCCAGCAUGAGAGUCGUGGACCUCAACACUCCACAAAGAACAACAGGUGUAUGAAGUGGAAUUAUACCUGUUCGGGUGCCCCCCGUCCCGGGGCACCCGCUCUGGUGUCGUGCCUUGGUGCCAGCCGCAAAUGCCCGCCGUCCUAGCGUGCGGCCCCCAUGUCCACGCCGUAGGGGUGUUGCCCUGGUUGUCGUGGUUGCGCCACCAGAGGUCAUUGCCAUGUUGCUUCGCCCCAGGAAGCCUCCUGCUACCUCCUCGGUAGUUCCAGAUCUUCCCGAACGUGUUGUAUGGUUCCCAACGUAUCGAAUGACCUGGUGGCUGUGUGGGGGACGAGCAAACACCGACGCCGGGGGCAUGAAAGUAUUGCAUUCCAUGCAGCUCAGAACCACAACAAUUAGAAGUGGAAUUAUACCUGUUCGGGGGGCGGCCCCCGCCUUGGGGCGCCCCCGCCCAUAUCUCGCGAAGGUGUCGACCGUUUUGCCCCGCCGCAGCGUGCAGUCGGUUGUCCGUGGUGGCCGUCCAAGUGUGGUUGACUUCGGCAGCUCGAGGUCGGGCGGGCAGGGUGUAGUACAAAUGCAGGUCAAGGUCGGAUGGCAGAUGAUGUGGGGGCGGGUCCCGGCAUUUGUCGGUAGCCGGGGGGCAGUGGUCAACUUGCACUCUGGGAGGGUGAUGCAGCAGGUGUUUAUUUCGAGGCGGCUGGUGGUAGACCUGUGUGGUCGGUGGGGAAGCAACGACAGCCAAACGGGAGCACUGUGGUGUGUGAAACUCGAACAAGCCAUGCGCGACACAGGAACUAUGACUAUACCUGUUCGGGCACCCCCCACCUGGAGGUGCCCGGGUCGGUGUCUCGCGUAGGUUCGUAGGGGUUCGUUGCUCCGGCGGUACCGAGCGUCCACACACCCAGCUGGUGGCUGGAUAAACCUCUUGGCGGUGAAGGUUGGGCGCGGCCUCCGGCUGGACCGUGGAGGGGGAUCUUGGUCGCGAGUCAGCUUGCGAUGAGUUUUCUGCAGAUGAGGUUCGGGGCGGGGAACAGGACUGGUGGUGCCGGCUCUGUGCAGUGACAUGUUGAGCGGGGAGGAAAGGAUCCUGCAGAUCUGGGGUGAACUCAUGACAGCCUUCAUUCCUACUCGUAGUCAUGGUAGGCAAGCAACAAUCACUAUAAGAAUACCGGUCAGGACCCCCCCACGCCUCCUCGACAACCCCGCGCCCGCGGUAGUAUGUUUGGGAGGGAGGAAGCAGUGGGCGGAGUCCUGGUGGCGCUUUGUUUGCGCUGAAAAACUCGCCCGCACCGCUCCCCCCGAUACUGUGCCGCUGCUCUUCGCCCUCGGUGUCGCUGUCCCAGUCUGCAUCGUCAUCGAGCUCCCCGCCCGGUUGUAGCGCGCGCCGCAGCAACCUGAUGAACUCGAUGCCCCAACACGGGUCCUCCUGCAACGCCGCGGACCGGAAUGCGCCCGGGUUGGACGGGUCUGCCACCCGGAGGUGUUGCAGGGCCGGACACUCCUGCACUAAGUGCGCCGUCGUUGCUGCCGGUGGGUUCUGUGUUCUCCCCUGACAAAACGGGCACGCGUAGUCUCUUCCGGUUAUGUCCGAAACCAGCAGGCCCAUCCUUGCCGCGUUGUAGGCGACUUCGUCCGCUCUCGUCGCGUGCGCCACGCUGUCGACCGGGUUGGCCGCGAAGUUGGACACCUGGCGGAGUGUCAUGCAGGUUUUCGACCCUCCUGGCUGUUUUCCCUUGUCCUGCAGCUCCUUCUUUUUCUGUUGCCGCAGGGACCUCGCGACCUCCCGCUUGGCCUGCCUGUGCGUGACCCUUGCACCGACUCCGGUGAAGUCGGUUUGCUCCCUGGCCAUGGUCGCGAGCUUGUCCGCGACCUCGUUGCCGUCCACGACCUUCCUGUGCGACUUUGUGAACACCAGCGACAGGUGUCCCGUCGGUCCUAGUUUCUCAAGUGCGUCCCGCAACGUUUCGUAGAGCAGCAGGUCACUGCCGUCGCGAAUUCUUGGGUUUUGGAGCGCCUCGAGAUUGGACUGCGAGUCCGUGACCACGACCGCCGUGCGGACUUCCCCUGCGGGUCUCUCUGCUACGGUGGCCAGGGCCCCCAGCAGGGCUGCGCGCUCCGCAUCGAACGAGUCCCCGUAGGACGUUGUUGCCCAGCCGUACUCCUUGUACCUGUCCCGCGCGUCUUCGACUACGGCCGCGGCACAUUGGAAGUCCUUGGCCGAACCGUCUGUGUACAGCGAGACGUCUGCCGCUGUGGUGAGUUGUCGCAACUCCUCGUCCGUCGUUCCGGUUGUGCGGACCGUUAGCCUCCCGGCUUCUUUUGCGGCGUGUACUGUGCUCAGGCCGUUCUGCGGGAGUGCCCCGGGUUCCGCUAGAACCUCACACCCCUCCGGUAGCGCCGAAGCCCGUAGCGCGUCGGCUGCCGCCGUCACCCAGUCGACCUGCCCCGCUGCCGCUUCAACCUGCUCUCGCAGCGGGUCCGUUUUCUCCCUCGACAUGCCACGCGCUAGCAGCGCGGCAGCUUCUUCUUUUGCCAGGUUUUCGAGUGGUUGGAGACCUGCCUCAUGCAAUGCACAGUCGCCGUUCGUUGUCCUCGGGAGCCCUAGUAUGCUCCUGGCCGCCUGCUUGUGGAACCUGUCGAGCUCCUGUUUGCACUUUUGUGGCAGUGCGAAGUAGUACGAGCCGAGGCCAUACCGAAAUAAGCUCUCACAGAAUAAACGGUAGAAGACUCGCACAUCUGCUGUGCGUGUCCACGGGAGCCGCGCGAGUGCCCGCACCGCUACCAUGCGGCGCCGCAACUUUCCUAGCAUUUUCUCGGUGUGCUUGCGAAAUCUCAUUUCGCGGUCUAGCGUGAUGCCUAGGAAUUUUGGAUGCGACUCAUACGGCAGCUCGGUGCCUACUUCGCUGUGCGUGUACAGCUUCAGCUCCUUCUCCUCUUGUUGGAAAACCCGCUGGAGCACCGUGAGCGUGCACUUCGUGGGCGAAAGCGACAUGUUGUUCCGCCGGCGCCAGUCGUGUAACCGGUCCAGCGCCGCCUGUAGCUUUCUCUCUGCUUCUUCGGGAUCAUCGUACUCGACCGAGAUUGCGAGGUCGUCCAUGUACAAGAAGACCUCACACCCCGUGCCCUCCAAUACUUCCGCGAGCUCGAAAAAGUCGCAGAAGACUGUGGGCCCGAUGACCGUCCCCUGUGGAACUCCUUGCGGGAUUUUGUGCACCUGGCUUCGCCCUCCUGCGUAUUCGACGACCCUGGUGCGGUCGCCGCAAAAGUUCCGCGUCCACCUGACUAACAACGCGUGCUCUGCUCGUUUGUCCUCCGGGAGGCGCGCGCCGUUCUUUAGCGCGUGCCGCGCGUACUUGUGCCGGUUCACCCGGUCGAAAGCGGUUUCUAGGUCGAUCAGCACCAAGGCCCUACGCUUGCCGGCGCGGAAUGUCUUCUGUGCCCUCGCGGAGAGCGUAGCGACAUGUUCCGCCGCCCCUCGGUGCUUGCAAUCGCCGUACUGCAGGUGGGAGCGCGCGGGGGUUCCUGCUUGUGCAAACAGGAGCCGGGUGCGGCUUUGCACGCAACGCUCUAACAACUUGGCCAAGAUUGGCGUCAAGGCUACUGGUCGGUAGGAACUCGGUUUGUCGACCGGCUUCGAUGGUUUCAGCAGUGGCUUCAGCAGCUCCCGUUUCAACGUUUGCGGCGUUCCUCCUGUGUUCACACAGUCGGAGAAAAAACCGCGAAGAAACUUUUUUCCUGCUGUGGGCAAGUUCUUAAACUGUGGCCCCUUCAGCCCGUCUGGGCCCCCCGCCGACGUUGACGACUGCGAGACCAGUGCUGCUUCUACCUCGUCGAGCGUGAACUCGAUCCGUGUGCUUGGCUUUAUCUCCGUGCUGAAGAUUUUCUCGGCUUCUCUUUUCGCGGUCUGCUCCUCUGCUUCGUCCAACGUCGGCAAGGAGGCGUAGUGUUUUGCGAAGACCGUCGGCAGCCCUGUGGCAUGGGACUCGCCCUCGAACUUUAGCACUUUGGCCGCCCCCGUGACCGGUCUGCCGCCCGCUUCGAGUUCCCGCAACAGCUGGAAAGCGCCGCUCGUUGUUGCCUGCGCCUUCUCUGCUUUCUCCCGGAACUGUUUGCGCCGCCUCUCGUUCUCUGCUGCCCGCACGGCCCUGGUUGCUAGCUUCGUCUCCUUCUGCCAGCGGGCUCGCUCGUCCCCGGUCUGUGCUGCGUGGGCCCGACGGGCGCAUUCGUUUCGGCGAACGAUUGCGGCCUCGAGUUCCGUGGGCUCGUGGUGCUUCCUCCGUGGCCUCACUUUCUUGGGGUUCACCGAGACCCUCGGAACGGCCUUGGCGGUCGCCGUUACUACUGCUUUGCGAAAGAACUCGGCCUGCUUGGUCAGCGGCGUCUCCUCUGUCGGCGCGUUGGCGGUUAGGAAAUUCGUGAACUCCUCGCGGUACAGGUCCCAAUCGGCUCGCUCGAACACCAGCUUCGUCUGCUUUCGCUUUGCCACUGUCUCCUUUUCCUCCGAAAGGGACUGAAGGUGGGCCGGUGUUGGUGGUUGCGGGCCCGCGAAGAACGACUGAACCAGCGGAACUGCGGCGGCCCAGCUGGUGACCCACUUCCCUAGCCGAAAACCCCGGGGCUCGGACGCCUUGCGUGCUUGCGCCCUCUUUUCCUUUCUCUGCCUCCUGCGUGCCGCUCCGCUCGUUUUCGACGGAGCUGCGCCUUGCUUCCGGCCUUGCGCGCCUGCUAUGCCGCCCCCUCCGAAGAGGAAACCGCCUGGCCCUUUUCUGCCUGUUGCACUGCUGUGUCCCGCGUCUGCCACUCCUUCUGCUUUCCCUGCCUGGUGUGCGGAGCCGCUGCCCGCGGCGCUGCUCGUGCUGCUGCUUGUUGCCCCCUGGGCUCCUGUCCUCGCCGCCGGUUGCGGGAUGCAGAACACCAGCGCGCUGUGGUCGCUCGCUAGUGGUACUACUGCCGGUCCGUUUGGCUGCACUGCAUAUGCCCGCGCUGCUAGUGAGUCAGACAUCAAAAGCCAGUCGGGACUGGUUUCCGAGCUGGGUCGCGUUGGCGUCUCCCGGUUCGCGAAUGUCGCGAGGCCUUGGUCUAAUGCGAACUGUUCCACGUCGCUACCUCUUUGGUCGUCCCGCUCCGCCGGUGGAAAAACAGCUGUUCUGUGGCCGUUGACGUCCCAGCUGAGAAAGACUUCGUCCCCGUUCUUGCCCUUCGGCAGUGGCAGUCCCUUCGCCCCGGGGGCGGUGUACACUGCUGCGCCUGUGAGUGCUGCGUUCUUCGCUGUGCCACUGUAGACGUGUGCGGCUGCUAGGUUGUGCCGGCCUCCUUCUUUCGUGUUCCACUGAAAGCCGUCCUUCGCGUCUUCUGCCUUUACGUUUUUGUGCGCUACGACGGCGGCGCCCCCGUAUGUCGCGUUUCCGCCGCUGCCUGACGUUGCGGGGGAGAACGAUACCAACACGAACUCGUCCCCCAACAAGCGCACGAACUCGCCAAACUCUUCUUCCGUUUCGCACCAGUGCUCCUGCAGGAAGAUGAGGGAGCUGUCUACUCCCCGGACCAACCUCCGCAGGCCUGGCGCUUUUGCUGCUUUUGCUUUUUCUGAACGGACGCUCUGGCAGUUCCACUGCACUCCUACCUCUCCGGCCCAGUCGGUUCGGGGUGGGAGGUCCGGAAUGGCGAAGUCUAACGCCACCUCUCGUGGCGCCUCCUGGACGUAGCCCACCUUGUAGUGGGACAUCUGCGCCGGGCCCCCGCCGGUGUGUACCCCCCGCGGGUACGCUGGCAACAUCACGCGCGUGACUUCCGGGUGCUCUUCUGCGGCAUGGCUCAGCAUGCCCUUCAGAGCGUUGACCCGCCCGACCUGGUAGACCCUGUUGGCGUUUGCGUUUGGAUCUUCCCGGCAGAUCGUGCACUCGUAUCGCUUGUCCGGUGUCCCUUUCUCCGGCGUGAUGUCGUGGCAGAGAAGUUCCGUCGUCUUGUCGAAGCGAUGGCUGCAGGGCACUGUUAGUGGCCUGCCCCACGCGUCCGUGCUGUCUUCCUUCGCCUGUUCGUCCUGGGACGGCGCUGGGCGUGCCUUCCUGCUGCUGCUGCUGCUGCUGCUGCUCGUUGCCCCCGCGUUCGGCUGCUGUUGCCUCUGUUCCCGCUGCGCGAGCCUUUGCCUCCCCGCAAUUGCUUCCGGGCUGUCUUCGCCGUAGAAGCGCUCACGGACCUGUUGCUCUGUCAAGACGCCUCUGUUGACGAGGCUCCGCUUGCUCUCCCCCGGCAUCAGGUCGACGGCGCCGUUCCUGUGGGUGCGUGUCCACAUGAUGUCGUCCUCGUCCUCCACCUGUACGAAGGCGGUGCUUACGCCCCUCAGUGUGUUGCUGGGGUGAAGCCUCGGCGUUUUGUUUCUCUUUUUUUUCCCCCUCCUGCGCCGGCCUCGCGGGCGGCUCGUGCCUCUGCUCCUCUCUUUGGCCUGCUCUUCUUUGCGACGCCUGUCGUUCUGUCUCGCGGCCGCCGGCUCCUUGUGCCGCCGCCCGGCCUGUGGCUUUUGUCCCUUUUCCCUUUAGCCUUGCCGGAGGGUUGACGAGGUCACUGAACCGGGUGGACACGCUGUCUACCGCUUCUGUCACCGUGUGCACCGCUGCCGCGACGUCCGCCGCCGCGCUCAGCAGACCGUGAUGUGGUUUUGUGCAAUGCAAAAUCGAUUUUGUGCAAUGCAAAAUCGAUUUUGCGGGAUUCGGUUUUGUGCAAUGCAAAAUCGAUUUUGUGCAAUGCGAAAUCGAUUUUGCGGGAUUCGGUUUUGUGCAUAUGCAAAAUCGAUUUUGUGCAAUCCGCGUCUGAGGGAAUGCAAAAUCUAUUUUGUGCAAUGCAAAAUCGGGACUAGGUUUUGUGCAAUGCAAAAUCGAUCUUGUCCAAUGCAAAAUCGAUUUUGUGCAAUGCAAGAUCGAUUUUGCGGCAUUCGGUUUUGUGCAAUGCAAAAUCGAUUUUGUGCAAUGCAAGAUCGAUUUUGCGGCAUUCGGUUUUGUGCAAUGCAAAAUCGAUUUUGUGCAAUGCAAAAUCGGGCUUCGGUUUUGUGCAACGCAAAAUCGAUUUUGUGCAAUGCAAAAUCGAUUUUGCGGGAUUCGGUUUCGUGCAAUCAUGCAAAAUCGAUUUUGUGCAAUCCGCGUCUGCGGGAAUGCAAAAUCGAUUUUGAGCAAUGCAAAAUUCGGGAAUCGGGAAUCGCCCCCCUUAGGUUGGUUGGCUCUGGCCUCUACAGUUUCGCCGCGCCACCGGAUUUUUUUUCGAUUUUCUUGGCCGAUAAAAAGUUGGUCCAAAUCACUACCAAGACAACCUUAGCGUUAGCGUCGUGCUGUAGCAUGGAAAUCAUGUUGGUGUUUCUGUCGUGAAGAUGAAAGAUUUCCCGUGCAUUCCUGUUGUUAAGGAGUCGCAAGGCGGGAAGCGCGGCCUCGUCGCGGAUCCGGGAGGAAGGGCGUUCAUGCAAAACCAGUACUGAAAUGUUGAUGAAAUGUUGCUUUUUUGCAUUUGGUUUCAGUUGUUGAACUACACGAAAAUUCUUGCAUCACUUCCUUGUCAGAAGUCCACUACGACCGCUAUUUUUCUGCUAUGUAAGAAGCUCGUGCGGGUCGUGGUGAAGCAAGAUGAGCAUGACAAGUUGCGUGAGCAUGAGCAAGCUGAGCAGGAGGUGGAGCACCCGCUGAUGCUAAUGCAGCAUCAUCUCUACAAGAUAAACCAUGCAUGCUAGAUUAUCAGAUACAGUGAAAUACUGUCAUCUAUACGAACGCGGCAUCAAAUCGCUUCUAGUACUACGAUCUGGUGACCGCGCCGUCGUUUCUGUGUUGAUGUGAUGAUGAAGCGAACAUACAACCCACCCCCGUUGUAAAUCUAUGAGGUACCUCAAGCCAGCCACGCUGAACGCGUGGCAGCAAGCGCGGGCCCUUAUGCCACCAAGGAGCUACAAGACCUGGAGAGGACCGGUUCAAGAUUUAUCACAGUACAAUAAAGUAUGUCACCGUGCUGAUGUGGUUGUUGUUUCUUCGCAGCUUCACGGGGAGGCGAUCUCCAAUUUUGAAGUUGUUGUUCAUCAAUGUACAGUUUGGGCGUUUUCCAAGUCUCGUUGUCGUUUUUGAUGAAUGUCAUGAUUGUUGCUACUUAUAAUGCAUGCCAUUUGCAUUUUUUUCAAGAGGACCAGGAGCCUGAAUCUGAAAUAACUCUGCCUGCACAACUCUGUCUUUUGCAGAUGUUCUAUGUUGCCGUUCUCAAAAUCGACUUGAAGUGAACUCGUGUAAUGUUCGUGUUUUCUUGAAAAUGCGAAGAACAAGACCACAUCAAGCGCGGGCGGCAAACCGUUUGCAAUGGGAUACCGCGGCAGGGAGUUGUACAGGUGGCACGCACAGCCAGAGGGUACGUGUAGAAGUAAUGUAGUCGCUCAACAGCUGUAUAUGAUUGCGCAACUGAGACUCCUGACUCUUACUUAACCCUUGUAGUGUGAAAAAGAUCCUAUCAGAAGACGUGAUCAAUGUUUAAGGAUAGGGAUAGUCCUCUACCUCCUAGGAAGGUACGUUUUCGAGAUGAAGAAGAAAACCAAGAUAAAAAUCAACACGACCACCACAGACGUCGCCCCACCGGAUCCGGAGAAAAUGGGCCAGCAGCACAAGGAUUGGAUGGUCGGCCACAACAUACAACGGGAGAAGCACCUCUACCCCAUCUACUUUCACCGGCAAAAGAUCAAGCACUACCACAAAACCAAGGAGAACCGAGCUGCAGACCGUGCGGAAGUGGAGGCAUUGGCCAAAUUGGACGGCAAGGAUCCCUAUCCUCUGCAAAAGUUUAGGUUUCGUGCUGUUCGUAGCUUCUUUGUUCCCGCACGUCGAAAUUUCCAAAAUAAAUGCAGCGCAUUUUAAGUAUUUGAAUCUGUGCUGGAAGCCGGGUCCGAUGCGAUUUUCUUAUCCGUGGCCAUGAAAAAAAACUACGUUGUGCGACGGGAGAUGAACUUUUGCAAUGCAUAGUGCACCCCCGGACACGGCGAAGCCGAUGGGCCCCGAACCAUUGCCGCCUGCAAUCGGACCCCCGCCCAUCAACAUCAAUCCGCCGCUCUUCAAGCACACAGAAAAGGCGUCGCGUGCCCUGUACUUAUAUCCCUUGCAAAUGUAAUGUCUGGGUCUGCAAAGUUGUGUUGCUGAGUUCGGCAUGACCUAUGUCUAGGUCUGCAAAGUUGUGUUGCUGAGUUCGGCAUGACCAAGACGCUUCUACUUCAUGCAGUCAAGCAUGGCAAAGUUUUUUGGCGCUGCUACUGUCUCCAGGUCGUCAUGGUCAAGCGUUGUAACGCGCAUUUUUACAAACCGCAAUGUUGCAUGACAAUCAUAUAAGUCGCGUGUUGUCGGUCAUGCUGCAAUAUACAAAUUUUUUGUACGGGAAUGCAAGUCUAGCAAUCCAAGUCGUGACUUUAUUCUCAGACCCAGACGCAUUUGCAAUGCAUAACCUGAAGUAUCCGCCCGACCUCUUCGAAGAGCUCCGCGUGAUGAAGCAAGACUACUUAUCCGAUGUAAAAACGUCCCCGCCCCAGACCUGUCACGCAAAUCAAAAUCUCCAUGCGCAAGCGCAAGCCUCAAACGUUUCUCAUCAUGCGCAGGCCGCCUAGUAUGAGGACGAUUUUCUAUUGCUAUCUAGGAGCUCGUCAUGCUAGAAUCAGGCUGAGAUGGCCGAUUUGAUGUGCUGCAGCUGCUGCCCUGCUAGCAUAGCAGGAUGACACUGCGAGCCAACAAGACUAGAACUUGUCAUGCGCAACAGCCGUUGGUUUGGGUAGCAAAAAAAAAUCCCCAUCUUGACUCUGGGGAGGUGGGUGCGUUGGUUUUUACACAGGAUACUAGCUCCCAGACGCCAAAAGGGCACUCGAAAAGCGGAAUGCCGAGAAGAAGAAGCGGCUAGCGAAGUCAGCGUCCGUGGCGUGAUAGUCAACAUAGUCGUCUUGAUAUCAAAUGUAAAAAUGUCUGGGUCUGGAAACUUCUGAUGCUGAGUGGCGUAGCAUGAGGAGGCCACAAGUGCUGGCUCAGCAUGACAAACUUCUGAGCUUGUAGGUGUUGCCUAUUCUGCAUGACAAAUUGCGUCUCCGCAUGAAAGAAAAAAGCGGCUCUUGGGCAACGUGCAUGACAGAUUUAAGAGUCAUGCCAGACAAGCAUGACAAACAUGCUUUCUUCCAGACCCAGACACUUUUACAUUUGAUACUUGAUCAAUAUGAUCAAUUUCCUGCUUAUUUACUAUUACCAGUUUGCGUCUAUUUCAGAUGAUCCAGAUAUCGUUAUCGAAAGAACUUGCACUAGUUCGUUCAUAAUUUUUCUACCAGUUUGCGUUUCGCGUCAUUUCAUGUCGAUGCCGAUAGAAGUCUUAAUCUCAUUUACAUUUUUAUACCAGUUUGUUUGAUGCAGGCGUGGCGCAGCGUGUUGCGAGCAGACAAUGUACUACAGUUGUAAGGCUCGUUUCGCAGGCACGCGUGGCUCUCACAGUCACGAAAACAGGAGGAGAAAAGGAAAAGCCCAUGCCUUUGCCUUUCCUGUAGUAGAUGAGUCGCUGCAUGAUCUUGUUGUGCUGUGAGGAGCUACUUCAUUGUUAGUGCUGGCUAACGGAUCGCCAGUAGUGAAGUAGACGAGUGGUCCUCUGUACAGAAAAGCACAUCAUCACGACGAACAAUGGAGGACUCGCAGCUCGCAUCACCGUUGGCGCUUUUUGGAAUAAUUCGUCUGCUCCGGGAAAAAAGUAAAGAACUUGUCGCUGAACUUUGUACAAUACGAACUGAAAUUUUGGCUUGGUAAUAA